GGAAGAUGGAUUCUUAGUUGGAUGAAGAAAGGAAACGUGAUCAUGCAUUUUGAGAUAUCUAUGAUGGACUGGCUGGAUAUGGAUCUGUAUGAGGAUUACAAAUCUCCUUUUGAUUUUAAUACUGGAGUUAAUAGGAACUACCUUUACCUGUACCCCAGCUUGGCUCUGUCUCCACCUGGAUCUCCUGUGCUGAAGAAUUUUGGUCUGCUGAGACAUGAAACCAUUCCUGAAGUUGGAGAGGAUGCAGCUGCUUCAGUUACUGUUACAGAAACUCUGUCUGAAGAAGAACAGGAGGAACUCCGAAUAGAGCUUGCUAAGGUAGAAGAAGAAAUCCAGACUCUUUCCCAAGUGCUCGCUGCUAAAGAGAAAUAUCUAGCAGAAAUAAAGAGAAAAUUGGGAAUCAAUACAUUGCAGGAGCUGAAACAGAACCUUUCCAAAGGGUGGCAGGAUGUAACGGCAACACAUGCGUAUAAGAUGACUUCAGAAACAUUGUCUCAGGCUGGGCAGAAAGCUUCUGCUGCUUUCUCGUCGGUUGGCUCUGCCAUAACAAAGAAGUUGGAAGAUGUGAAAGUACAGGCAUUUACACAGUCCUUUAGUAUACGUUGUCUACAGCAUUCAAUUAGCAUGCCUGCUAUGAGGAAUUCCCCAACUUUCAAGUCAUUUGAAGAGAGAGUUGAAAAUUUAAAGUAUAAGGUUGGGGUAAACAAGCCUGCUGGGGGUGACUUUGGAGAGGUCUUGAACUCUGCUGCCAAUGCCAGUGCCACAGAAGCUACCACAAAGCAGACGGAAGAGGAUACUCCGUGAUUGUCUAGUCUACUUCCUGCUAGCCACUGCCAGAUGCUGCAAGCAAAUGCUAAAGCACAACACCUCUGCUGUUGACUCUUCCAAGACGUGCUUCUCUUUAGCACUUAGCUUUGUAGCUAUUUAAUAUGUAGUUCAUGUAGGCUCAGAGUA